AUGACCGUCCCUUCAAACCCCAUAUACGGCCCGCCGUCUGAAGCCCUCCGUGCCCUCACACCCUCCCAACUCACCUUCCUCCAAAACCUCCCAAAAGCCGAACUCCACGCACACCUGAACGGGUCCAUACCGCUCCCCAUCCUCCAAGACCUCGCUCGCACCUACAUCGCAUCUGACUCGACUCCGUCCUCAGACGUCGUGCAAGCUGGACUGCAACAACUCCAGAGCGGCGUCCAACUUGUAGAGAUCAACGAUUUUUUCGGGCUGUUCCCCGCCAUUUACGCUCUCACUUCUACGCCGUUGGCCCUGCGCAAAGCUACGCGAGGCGUGCUCUCUCAUUUCUUGGGACCUGUGCCUGUGGAAGGCGAGGGGCGAGAGAACGUGGUUCAGGAGGUAUCAUACCUCGAGCUUCGGACGACGCCAAGGGAUACUCCGGCCAUGUCUAGACGUGUUUAUCUCGAGACUGUAUUGGCCGAGGUGGAAAGUUAUGCGCCUGAGAGUGCGGCAUUGAUCGUGAGCUUGGAUAGGCGGAUGAGCCAGGAUGUGGCGGAAGAGGUUGUGGAAUUGGCUGCGAAGUUGAGGGAGGAAGGGAGGAGAGUCGUCGGUGUGGAUUUGUGUGGCGAUCCUUUGGCUGGCGAUGUCGCGAUCUUCACCGCUAUAUUCGAAAAAGCGAAACAAGCAGGCCUGGGGGUUACACUACACAUUGCAGAGACUGCGAAGAAUCCGCCAGAGGAGACCUUGAAACUUCUUUCUUGCACACCGGCUAGACUUGGACACGCCACAUUCUUGAAUGAGGAAGCGAAGAAGGUUGUCCACGACCACAAAAUAUGCAUCGAAAUAUGUCUGACGUCAAACCUCUUAUGCAAGACGGUGCAAUCGCUAGACGAUCAUCAUAUACGAUACUACCUCAAGCACAACCAUCCAAUCGCCAUCUGCACCGACGACAUCCUCCCCUUCCGCAAUUCCAUGCUAGGAGAAUAUGCCCUUCUCCUUGCACCAAAACCGUAUGGCCUGGGCCUCACGGAGUCCGAGGUCGAAACCAUCGCUCGCAUGAGCAUGGAAUGCCGCUUUCCACUUCCAUGA